UUCUCACCGCUAGAUUACAACAAUUAUCUGAUAUUUGCAAGUUCCUGAAGAAAAAUACAAAUAUGUUCUGGGGAUUUAGUGAAGCGUUGGAUCUCUUCGAUGAGUACCGUAAAACACAAGACCAAACGGAUAACGCCCCCAAUGAACUAAACAUCCUUCUGUUCGGGCUUGGUGAUCCGCGCCACGUGCUGAAAAGUGCCUCCAAAACGUUUAAACAUUCGACCAAACUGAACUUUUACCUGUUGGAAGGCUGUCUGGAGCUGGUGGCAAGGAACCUGCUCUUGACAUGCAUCGCCUUCGAAAGUGGCCACCAGCUAUCGGUGAAGGGGAAAACUCAUCUUUUUAUGGAUGUUUUUGGUAACACACUGCUGCGUCCGUUUUCCAACGGAUAUAUCAACGCAAAGGCCAAGGUUCUCACCGACGUGGUUACGGAUGCGGAUUAUGCCGAAAAAGUGGCGCCGAUUUUCGCGCUGGACGGAUUGCGGUACCGGGAACGGGACCAUUUGGAAAAUGUGUUCAACUUUUGGGUCAACCACGAAAAGCACGUGUUCAAUGUGGCGCACUAUUGGGAUGGCAGAGUACGGGCUAUGUUGGGUACCAGAUACGAUCACAAGAUGGGAGCCUUCGAUUGGGACCUGCACAUGAGGCUGCGUGAAAAUGGCGCCACGCAAAUUUGCCCUCAAGAGUACAAGCACUGGCGCAAUACCGGAAUCGCGUUCACCUUCCCGGAGUACGAGCAAAGCGAUCCCAAUAAAACUUUUGCCGUGGGCUUGUCUCGCAACGGUGACGGUUAUAUGCAUCGUGGGAUUGUUGGAGAUGUGAGUACUGGGCCAUAUGCCUCUUUUGGGUUGAAAUGCACGGAUGAAAAGCUUACACAUUCUGUGCAUGGAGUCAAUGAUUUUCGUUCAACUGAUGUCACCGAAAGAAACGUGUUCGAAAUAAUGUAUGAAAUACAGGAGCGUAAGGAAUAUAUUCUAAACGUAAAGGACGUUCACCAAUACGGUUCGUAUGUUCUCGAGCAAGGUCAAAAUCUCAACAAAGACCUGAUCCGAACGGAGAAUGUUGAAUCUUGCAAGUACAAUGAGCCUCUAAUUCCAUGUGACAAUGUGCAUAUCCGGUUCCUGUCGGUUGAAGGCCUCCCCAAGAUUCAAUCGCUUCCAGAACAUAGAAGCAAAUACGACAUUGUGGUCAUCGCCAGCAACUACUUCCCAUUCCUCAAAGAAGAUUUCACACAACUCUUCGCUCCCAAUGCUCUUAUCUGCUUUGAAACGCGACAGCUGACAACCUUCAGCAAAGAUGAAAUCUUCCAAUUUUCGACUCAAGUCAGAGAUUACGCCAAAACCCAUUCGCUCAAGCCGCUGACCAACUUCGCCAUCAAUGUGCCCCACAUCAUCCUUCGCUACAAGAACAUUUCACAAUCGCAAUAAAAUAUCUCAUUUUCCACUUUGCGUACAACAAAUAAA